CGUCUCUGGGCAACCGAGGACGAUUGUACACACGCGAUAAAAUAUAUAAAUAUUAAAUUUUAAAAAAUAACAAAAACUAGAAAAUAAAUAUUAAAACAAAAAUCUAUUUUUGAUUAACAAAAAAUAAAUAAAUAAAUAAAUACUUUUACUAAAUAAAUUGCUUUAUUAUUUUUCAAAUUAAAAUUCUUUACAACAAAAGUGGAUAUUAUUAAUACAAUGAAAAUGUUAAUUUGUGAAUUAUUUAUAUCGUUGUAAUAUUAUAUAUUAAAAAAAGGACUUUGUGUUUAAAAACAUGAUGAAAUUUAUCAUGUAAUGACUUGAUAUUGUUGAAUCUGACAGAGAGAAGAGAGAAACAUCCAAAAAUAAAAAAAUUUUCAAUUAAAAAAAUCCGGAACUAAUCAAUCAGGAUGCACGCGGUUGGAUUGCACUCGGCAUUGGCCAUCAAACGUCAACGUAAACGUCGAGAUGAGCAGAGACGUGCACGUGAACGUCGUUUUAGUGCACAAUCUGGUGAAAGUGGAUUGACAUCACCUCGAGCAUCAACUGGUUCAUUGGAUCAUCAUCCACGUCAUCAUCAUUCAGUACAACCACAUCAUGCUGCUGGACGAGGAAUGCUUGAUUCAAAAGUUGUAACAUCAAUUGGAAUGUUACAUAUUGGUGUUGUAUUUUUGGUACUUGGUGCAUUUUUACUUGGUAGUGGUUUAUUACCAUCACAAGUUACAACCCAAAAAAGUGGUGGUAAUCAUAAAAAAAUAAGUUGGUGGAAUGAAUUAGUUGCAACUGGUUUAUUUGCAUUAUUUGUUGGUACAUUUUUAAUAAUAUUAAAUCGUAUUAUUGCUAAAAAAGAAGAAGAUGAUUUAGAAGAAUAUGUACAAAGACAAUUAACAAGAUCAAGAUCUGGUCAUCGUCUUGAACGUGAUAUUGAAACUGGUGGUUUACAUACACGACAUACAAAACGUGUUAAACAAUUAAAAAAAAAUAAUUCAACAAAUUCAAUUGAAGUUAAUUGUGAAAAAAAAUUAACAACAACAACAACAACACCACCAAGAAGUCCACCACCAGCAUAUUCACCACCACCAAUUGUUGAUAAUGAUAAUCAAAAUAUACAAAAUACAUUAUUUUUAGAACAAAUUACUGAAGAAGAUAUUAUACUUGCUAAUGAAAGAGUUGGUACAUCAACAACAAAUAGUCUUAGUCCAGGUUCACCAAAUGAAACUAAAGAACUCAUACGUAAUAAUUCACGUAAUUAUAAUCACAAACAAAAUGGUCAUCAUAAUAAUUUACAUUAUCAAAAAGAAUAUGAGAAUCAACAUGAUAAUGAUCAUCAUCAUAAUCAUCAUCAUCAUCAUCAUUUAGUACAACCACCAAUGUACGUCGAUGCAGCAAUUAAUUAAUUAAUUUGUCUGCUUUUGUUUUCGUUUAAUCAUUUAAGAAUUUUAUUUAUUUAUUUAUUUAUUUAUUUAUAACAAAUUUAAUUAUUUAAAUUAUUAUUAGCUAAAAUUUUUUAUAGCUACUUUAUUUAUGUAUCGAUUGAAUUAUGAUAAAUUAAUGAACAAAAAAAUAGUAGAGUUUUAGGACUUGAUUAAUAUCAAUGAGACUACAUGAUCGUGAUAAUAUAGGGGUGUCUUUUUGAAUUUUUAAAACAUAAAUACAUUUAUUUUAUCGUAAUAAUAAUUAAUUUUUUUUUAUCAUCACGUAUAAAUUUAAAAUUCAGGUCAUAAGAAAUUUUAUUUUAUUUUAUUUUUGUUUAUAAAGUUGUUGUUCGAUUUUAACGAUG